CCAACACUGAGCCAAUCCAAAGAGGCUUCAGGCAGAUGGCCGGCGCAAAAUGACCCAGGAAUGGCCUAGAAGAGAUGCGGGAGAGUUUUGGAGCACAAAGGGAGCGCCGAGAAGAGGUGAAUGCGUGGAUGGCAAGAUGCCACUGGGUUAGCAAAGCAGCCCACGGGGCAACCUUAAAGCCGUCUUAAAGGACUUUCCUUGAUGUGAGUCAUACAUUGCCUUUGAGGAUUAAGGUCUCCAAAUGGACAACGGUGACGUCCAAAGCCACGGAUUCAGGAGUCGAUAUUCCCAGCCAACCUGUUACGAGAUUCAUCCGAAAUGCCGCUGCUGAGUCCCUCCCAACUGCAGGAAUUGGCAUUUCGACGGGGCGACUUCUGGACGAGCCAAGCUGCCAUAUUAAAUGGCUUUCCUUGACAAGUGAGUCAUCGCCUUGCUUCAAGAUUAAGGUCCCCAAAUUCACAACGGUGAUGUCCAAAGCUCAGCCGUGGAUUUUCAAAGAGAAUGUCCAGCGAAGCAGAAGAAGCAGGAAUCUCCGAAAGGCCCAGCUGUAGCCACAAAUGAGCCCUUCUGAACCAAAAGCAUUCUUUUCUUCUAGGAUUUACAAAUUUCAUUGGUGACAUCUGAUAUAGUUUUGGAUUUCCAGUGAUUAACAGCUAAAAUUCCUUCCCGAUAAUUGGGAAAGUUUUGUUGCUUCUUUUAUUCCUGGAUCUGCAGAUCGCAAUCAAUUCCAUUUUCUCAGCAAACUAGAAAGAGAACCUCCGAAGAGUUCCUCCAAACCCGAAGAAGAGUCUUGGUAUUUCUUUCAUCCAAGACUCCAAUUGAUUCUGAUGUUUGUUAAGAAAUUCCAGCCAGAACAAUUGGGCGUCUCCGAAAUGCCAACUGGCUUCAGCCACAACUGAGGAAGAGACUUGGAGUUUCUUUCUUUCAGGGUUUACCGACUCCAAUUGUGGCAUCAACUACAGAUUGUUGGGCACGAUUUCCAGCAAACUCGAACAGGAAAGUGCCAACGAAAUGCCAAGCAGUGGCUACCACUGAGUCCUUUCUAAGACAAGGAAGAGUCUUAUCCUUUCUAUUCUUCUAGGAUUCGAAAGCUUCCAAUUGUGGCAUCGGUACAACUUCCAGCGAACGAGCGGACGGCUCCAAAAGGCCCAGCGGAGGCCUUGGUGUUUGUUCUUCUAAAAUUGCCAGAGGUGGGCUGAAAAAGCCCGCCUCUCCAAAAUCCAGGAAAAUAUUUUGCCCGAGGAUGGCCAGCUUUGUGCGGCUGGUGGUGUCGGAGGCCGAGCGGAUGGUGUCGCGGCUCUUCAAGAGCGAAGAAGCCGGCGAGAAAGAAGAGGAAGAGGAAGGCCGGAGGGAGGAAGAAGAGGAUGAAGCUCCCCGUGCCUUUUUGACGGCGCCGCAAACGGAGAAGCUGUUAGAAUAUGGAGAAGUGACGGGACUGAGCUACGGCAUGGGCUCCAUGCAGGGUUGGCGUGCCCAGAUGGAGGAUGCUCACACGCUCCGGCCACAGCUGCCCGACCCGCUCGCCAACUGGGCUUUCUUUGCCGUCUAUGAUGGACACGCGGGAAACACCGUGGCCGAGUUCUGUGCCCGACACUUGCUGGAGCACGUCCUGGCCACCGAGGCCUUGCUCAAACAAGGAGAGGAGGAAGACCCCGAGACGGUGAAGGACGCCAUCCGCGAAGCCUUUUUGGCCAUCGACCGGCGCAUGCAAGGACUGUCGCAAGACGAAGCCUGGGAACAUGCCGGGUCGACCGCCGUCGCCGUCUUGAUCUCCCCCAAACAUUUCUAUUUCAUCAAUCUGGGCGACUCCAGGGCUGUCUUGUGCCGCUCGGCCGCCGUGGCCUUCUACACGGACGACCACAAGCCCAGCAAACCGAGGGAGAGAGAGCGCAUUGAAAACGCCGGCGGCACCGUCAUGCUGCAGAGGGUGAACGGCUCUUUGGCUGUCUCCAGGGCCUUGGGAGACUUCGACUACAAGGCCGUGGCUUGGUGCAGCCCCGUCCAGCAGCUGGUCUCUCCAGAGCCCGAAGUGGAGCAUCUGGACCGCUGUCCGGACGAGGAUGAGUUCCUAGUCUUGGCUUGCGAUGGGGUCUGGGACACCUUCGACAACACUGGCCUGUGCGCCUUCGUGCGCUCCCGACUCCAGAUCAUUGGCAAGCCGCACGACGUGUGCGAAUGCGUGUUGGAUGCCUGCCUUUACAAGGGAAGCCGCGACAACAUGACAUGCAUUGUGAUCUGUUUCCCAGCUGCCCCGGGCAUCUCCCAGGAGGCUUUGCAACAGGAGCAUGAGCUGGACACUCACUUGGAGAAGCGGGUUGCAGAGCUUUAUGAUCAACUGCAGCAGCAAGAGGAGGAGGGUCCCAGCUUGGUCGGGGUCUUCCGCUGCCUGGCCUCUGAAGCCAACCCAGGCCUUCCUCCGGGAGGAGGUUUGGCUAGCAAGAGAGCUGUGAUCAUGGAUGCCUAUGAGAGCUUGAAACAGAGCCGGGAAGAGGAGCAACAGCUGCUGGCUCCCAGUGCGAAUGCCGACUCGAAUUGAGCCACAGUGUGCCAGUCGGAGAACUCAAGCAAAAGCCUCUAUCCGGGAAAAGGUCCCGGAAGUGGAAAACAUUUUUCCAGGAAACUGAUCAAGUUGAAAGAUUUUGGGACAACGUUCGGCCCGUCCUCACCUUCCCUCAGAGGCCCAGACUCUGCUUUGAUGCAAUUGCAUUUACUUCUUUAUUGUUUCUUACCACUGCACUAAAUGUACACAACAUGCCCUUGGAAACAUCCCUGAGGAUAACAAUAAAGCAAACUCGUUUCCA